UUGAUCAGGGAGGCCUUUUUCUUGCUGCCUACGUGGCUGCCAGGCUUCGAGGUCCGCUGCGACCCAGCCUAGCCCGCGCCUGCUGCCAGCAGGCGGCUGAUCAGCAGCCAGUCUCGGCGUCACAGCGUCGCAGCGUCGCACUUGAUCAAUCUCGCGUCCGCCGUAAUCCAUGGAGGCCGCUGUUGCCGCAGAUCUGGCCUUCAGUGCCCGAGAGGCCGCCUUGGGUUCGUCGCUAGGGAGCGCUGCGGCACGUGCAGGGCGAGACCUAGACAAUCGUGGGAAAUGCCAGCUCCUUGGAAAACCCGGGCGACUCGCUAAUGGCAGAUCCGUCAAGAGAUGGUCCAGUGGGAAAGCGGAGUCUCGGUCUUGGGAGGCAGAUGCGGUGAUCGGUGGAGAUUCCCGAGGGUUUGGACGUCAAAACGGCUCCAUUGUCGGUCGCAGCCGACGACGCGCCGCUGAGAUGCGGAUCGGAGGCCCGCUCGACGACCAGACGCGGAGAUCCCAGUCCGAUCGCCGGCUGGUCUGUCGGUCUGCAAACGGCUCGCCGGCAGAUGCUUCCGAUCCCCGCGCCGUUGAUCGCGCCAUGCUGCAGCGCGCGGUGCAGCUCGCGACGUCUUCCGCGGGGCUCACUGCGCCGCACCCCUUCGCGGGGUGCGUGCUGCGGCGGGACGGGCGCGUGGUGGCGGAGACGUGGCUGCACGCGCAGGGCACCGCGAGCGCGGAGAAGCAGGCGGUGGAGGCGGCGGGGGAAGCGGCGCGCGGAGCAACCGCGUAUCUGAACCUGGAGCCCGGGGAUUGCCAUGGCGACGACAGCGCUGUGUACGCUCUCAUUCAGGCGGGCGUGUCGCGGGUGGUGGUGGGGCUGCUGAACCCGCUGCCGCACCACCACGGCAGGGCAGUGGCCAUGCUGCGACAGGCGGGCGUCGCCGUGGACGUGCUUGGGGAAGGGGAACUCGCCCACCCGGACAUGCACGACGUGGCGAGGAGCUGCCGGCUGGUGAACGAGGCGCUGCUGUUCCGCGCGGACACGGGGCUGCCCUUCUCCAUCCUCAAAUACGCCAUGACGCUCGAUGGCAAGAUAGCAGCGUCCACGGGGCAUGCGGCGUGGGUGACGAGCCGAGAGGCGCGGCAACGGGUUUUCGACGUGCGCAGCCUGUCGGACGCCAUCAUUGUGGGCGGCAACACUGUGCGCCGCGACAACCCUCGUCUCACCACGCGCCGGGAGGGAGGGCACAUCCCGGUGCGCAUAGUGAUGUCGCGCUCCCUCCGCCUGCCUGAGGACGCCAACCUGUGGGACGUGGCCAUCGCGCCCACCGUGGUGAUGACGCAGCGCGGCGCCAAGGGCGACUUCUGCGCGCGGCUGCGCGAGCGCGGGUGCGAGGUGGUCGAGUUUGACUUCCUGUCGCCGCGGGCUGUUAUGGAGUACUGCCACCAGCGCGGCUUCAUGCAGGUGCUGUGGGAGUGCGGCGGCACUCUCUCCGCGCCCUGCAUAGCGGGCGGCGCCAUUCACAAAGUGAUGGCGUUCGUGGCGCCCAAGAUCAUCGGGGGGGUCACCGCGCCCUCCCCCGUGGGCGACCUGGGCUUCGUGGAAAUGACCCAGGCGCUCGAGCUCGCUGACAUCAGCACGGAGAUCAUUGGGCGGGACCUGCUGAUGACGGGCUAUCUGCACCCUCUCCCCACGGAGCCCCCCAUCCUGCCGCAAACGCCCACCUUCGAAUCCAGACUGACCCCUCCAACCAAUCCCGGGCCACCACCUGUCAUCUCCUUCUACAAAUCCUGGGAUGCCUUCGGUGCUCUCUCCAACUUCUCCCCUCACCCCAUCGUCCUCCCCCUAAUCCUCCCCCUCUCUCCCCCCACCUCUUCCUCUUCCGCCUCCUCCCCAUCCCUCUCGCCAUCCUCUGCUCAAGCCUCUUCUGCUGUUUCCAACGGGGGGGACAGCGAAGGAGAGGAGGGUGGGGAGUGGCUAUGGCAAACAGUGGAGCAAUUUUACCAGGCGCAAAAGUUUUCGAUUUCGACUGACCCAGCGGCAGUGGAGGCGGUGGCAUCGAUCCGGGCAGCUGAAACUCCGGAAUUGGCAGCACGGAUUGGGCGAGCUCUGGAGAGGAGUCGGCCAGACCUUCUGCGGCCCAACUGGCAGGAAGAGAAGCUAGCUGUGAUGCGCACAGCGCUAAGGAAAAAGUUCACCAUGUACCCACACCUGAGGGAGCUCCUGGUAUCCACGGGCAACUCGCCCCUUGUGGAGUCAUCCACCCACGAUUUCUUCUGGGGAAGUGGGUGGACGCGCCGGGGUAAGAACAACCUUGGAAAGCUGCUUAUGAGGCUGCGGACUGAGCUGUUGACCGAGGACCGAGUAGGGGCUGAUUGAUAGACAGCUAGAACUACCACGAUGAUUUUUAGGACUACACAACUAGUGAUGAACCAUGCCUUAGACGAUUAUUCCAGGUAGUCUCAUUUUAGCAUCCAUCAGCUGGAAGUCGCGGUUAUAUCAUAAAUUCUGCCGUCUCGUCUUGACAACAGCAAUGAACCUAAUAGAAUGGCAUGUGGGAUUCUAAU